AUGGAAUUAAGCUUUAUUACUGCAAUCAUUCAUUUAUUGGGCAGAUUCCAUCCUAGAGUUCUUUAAGUUCUCAAUAGCUUCAGAUGGCUCGAAGCCCAAGGUGAUCAUCAACAUGGCAAAGCUUAGAGUCACUAGUACUAUUGCUUCCAGACUAAAGAACUACAAACCACAUUUUACUUUGACAUGCUCCUUGCUCAUAAUAAUAAGGAAAAAAGGCCUUCUUCAGAUGCUAAUUUACUAGAAUUCAAACUGUUUUGUUAUUCUGUUGGCCAAGCCAAAUGGCAAAUCGUCAUACAUUGCUUUGCUAGAAGUUGCUGGAGGAAUUAUCUCAUUGCCUAGUUGAGGGUAGUGAAAGAGGGACAAAAAGCACUGCAAACAAACUAUGAGGUGGCUUGA